AUGGCGCCCGCACUCGGAAAACGGAAGCGCGUAACGCGCGCAGAACUCGAGCAACCGUCGCAAUCUCCUUCUCCCUCUUCCGCUUCUGGCGAUGACUCCGGCGCCGAAGACCUCCAGGCGAUAUUCCGGCGCGCAUUCGAAGCAAAGUUCAAGCCUCUACCCGUAGAGCCCAAGAAACCCAAGAUCGAGGAACCACCCGUACAAGAAGAACCAGACGAGGAAGAAUCAGACUGGUCAGGCAUAAGCGACAGCGAAAAUGGCGUCCAAGUCGUCGAGUACCAAGACCCACGCCGGGAACUUGAUGAGACUGAACGGGCAGAGAUGAAAGCCUUCAUGUCGUCGAAACCGCCUACCUCAGCUUCCGCGUCCUCCAAAAAUGUGACAAACAACAAGAAGAAGCAAGAAGAUCCUGACUCCAACGAAACCACAAAUCUGAAAAACGACAUGGCACUCCAAAAACUCCUUCGUGAAUCACACCUUCUCUCCGCGUCCUCCUCCGGUACCUCGACACCCACGCUCACCACCACGGGCGUCGCACGCCAUAAAUCGCAAGACCUGCACCUUCAAGCCCUCGGCGCCAAGGGCUCAAUCUUUACGCAGAAGAAAAUGCCAAUGGCACAGCGGAAGCACAUGAUAGACAAGGCACGAACGACGGAAGAGAAGAGGCGGAGAGAGGCCAGGGAGGCUGGUAUCGUUCUAGAGAGGGAAAACAGAGUCACUAAGAAGGCACCCGAGAAGAAGAGGGAGAGGGGUGUUGGAGGACCCAGUAUAGGAAAGUUCAGGGGCGGUACACUGAGUCUGAGUAAGAAGGAUGUGCAGAGUAUCACAGGCGGUGGGGGUUCCAAGGGAAAGGGAAAGGGCAAGAAGGGGAAGAGAUGA